AUGCCCGGAGGUGUUUGCGCUGUUCUCGACUACGAGGUCGAGCUGAUGGCCGACCACGUUUCCGAAAUGGCAACUCAAAUUGUCAUGCCGCAAAGUGCCGUCAACACCGCUUUCAGGAGUGAGAGCAACGCCAACGAGUUCCCUACCCCUCUCCUGGUCAUCACCGAUCUGGACUCCGGAAACAAGGACUCUCAGCAAACCAGGAAGCGCAACUACCUCGACAUCGACUUCAAGGUGUACCGCCCCGAAGACAUACAAAAACAGCAAGAUGACCCAGUCGACGAGGUCAACCAAUUCUUCCGUCUCGGGCGGCCAGUCUAUUCGAGCUCCGCCCUCGCUGGAUAG